CACAGCAUCGCGCGGCUGUAUCCAAAUCCGAUCGGCAGUGUUGUCUGAGUAAUCGCGAAGUAGUACCGAACGGAUUGACUUGAUGCUCUAACCCGUUGCUUUUGCUUUGCAGAUAGACCAUCAGCAUCUACGACGCUUCAACCGAAAAAAGCAUCCGGAUAAAUAACAUGCGCUAGAACCUCCUCCUUUUCCGUAAAGUCGACAAUCGCUUCGCUUUUUCGCCUACCCGCUUGUGCGAUUUCGUAUAGUCCUCUUCAACGUACAUUGUGUUGUGCCAGAGUUUCGUUUAGCGAAGAGUUUAAACUAAGUCCAAAUCCUGAAACGUAGUUGUUACUCGCAAUGGACAAUAAUUCCACCUAGAUUUUUCGAACUGUUGUGACGUUCCGUUGUUUUUCGCAUCCAGGAAAAGUCAGUGUCGCCCGUUUUCGUACCGCGUUGCAAUUUUCGCGCGUUUUUUCAAUUUCUAACUCUUCGUCUCAACUUCGUCACCGGAGCAGAUCCGCUCGCACCGCACGAUGGCAAUGGUGAACCUGCUGAAUGGCAAAGAUUCGCGCUGGCUCCAACUGGAGGUCUGCAGAGAGUUCCAGAGGCAAAAGUGUUCCAGACCGGACACAGAGUGCAAAUUCGCACAUCCACCAGCCAAUGUCGAAGUACAGAACGGACGAGUUACAGCGUGCUACGACAGUAUCAAGGGGCGGUGUAAUCGAGAAAAACCGCCUUGCAAAUACUUCCACCCACCACAACAUCUCAAAGACCAAUUGCUGAUCAACGGUAGGAACCAUCUAGCUCUGAAAAACGCUCUGAUGCAACAGAUGGGGCUCUCACCUGGACAACCCCUUGUCCCUGGACAAGUACAGGCAGUGGUGGAACAGCCGACUGACAGUCUCCCUUUGACCUUCUUCCCAUAUUUGUCCAUGACACUUGACGAGCAGUAUGCACUUAUGGCUGCAAAUCCGUACCUAACUGGAAUGCCUCAAGUAGGCAGCACCUACAGUCCCUACUUCGCUCCAGGACCGAUAAUGCCCACACUGAUGCAGGACCCAACUGGCGUUGGGUCACCGCUUGGAGUCGUUCCUCAAACUGUUGUUCAACAGAAGAUGCCCCGAUCCGAUCGGUUAGAGGUGUGCCGUGAGUUCCAGCGCGGAGCGUGUAAGCGCGCAGAGUCCGAAUGUCGCUUUGCGCAUCCCGCCGACUCUGUGACUGCCAACGAGGACGGCACGGUCACUGUCUGCAUGGACGCAGUCAAGGGCCGCUGCAACCGCGACCCCUGCCGCUAUUUCCACCCCCCUCUGCACCUCCAAGCCCAAAUCAAGGCCGCACAGUCGCGGGCUAGCGCGCCCGCCGCCGUUUCGCCAUUGCUGGCGCAGCCAUCGGCUGCAGCCGCCGCAGCCGCCGCAGCAGCCGCCCUCGAGAUUGGCAAGAAGAGGCCACGCGAGCCAUGCACCGCCGACACAGAUCUAUUACUGAUGGACAUGAAAUCUGUUGGAUCGUUUUAUUACGACAACUUUGCGUUCCCCGCCGGCAUGGUGCCCUACAAGAGACCUGCGGCCGACAAGUCUGGUGUUCCAGUCUACCAGCCCAACGCUACCACCUACCAACAACUAAUGCAACUACAGCAGCCGUUCGUACCCGUGUCAUGUGUCGCUGAAUUACCGAUACUCAUUACUGGACACCCUCCCGGUGUGCCAAGAUUUUAAUCGUGGCCUUUGCACCCGGCCAACUUGCAAAUUUGUACAUCUACAGGAAGGAGACGGAGUUGAAGUGAUCGAGAACCGAGUGGCGGUUUGUCGUGACGCGGCCAAAGGUCAGUGCAGCAGGAGCGCCUGCAAGUACUACCACAUACCUGUUGCGCUGCCCCCCGCCCCCGUAAUGGCCGCCCUCUCCUCCUACCUGUAGUAGCCACAACGACUAACACCGAAACCUUAUUUAUCAUAAUAUGUUUAUAUAUUGCAUAGACGUUUUUAUUAUACAUUAUAUACAUAUUGGCCGUUGAAUUGGCCAAUCAAACAGAUGAUAUUGUUUUCUAAUGAUGGAUAGAUUCGGUUUCUUAGCGACUAGACGAUUUUGUGAGCGUGUGUGCGAAUUGUUUGUGAGCGAACGAAUGAGUGAGCGCAUGGUUCUUUCCGGACAUCCAAUUGACCGUUAUAUUCUAAAAUUUAGGCGACAAUCGGACGGAAAUUGCGCUCCGGUUGCGCGAUUAGCUGUUUAACUAACACGGUCUUCACUCUGAUGUCACAUAAGGUGUAACGACGCGCUUAGUGUACAGUAAUGUUGUAGGGAAAUCGCCUCAAAAGAACAACGACUUAAAAUGGCCGUCGGUUGGUUACACUGACUGUCAAUGUCAAAUCAGUUAGAUGGCGGCCAGUGACGCUUGAGUCACCAUUUUUGAAUCGUUCUUCCUCUGAAGCAGGUUUCCGUUUUGGGAGAUAUUCGAUUGGUUGCCAGUUUACACUGUGAUCCUCUUUUACUCAUCAAGGCCAUCGAAUCAAAUGCACCCUAAUUAAAUGUUCCUAAAUGUCAAGCUUUAAAGUCAAUGACUGUCUUACCUUGUAUAGACUGAAGCGUGUCCGCAUCUCCACCUCAGUCGAUGUCCAGUAUUCCUAGAAAUACAAUUAAUUAACAAAAAAAGAACAACGGUUUUACGUCAUAAGUCAGCUGGUCUUGGUCUAGUCAAGACAACACUGAUAACUCGAUAUCUCCCAGUAAAGAGAAGAUAUUUUUACAAGUUCCUCAUUAAGCAUUUAGGACUGUUUUAAUACGUCGAUGGUAUUAAAGGGCGAGAGAGUUGCGCCACGUGUGAUAUCGGGUUGUUUGAGUGAAUGUGUAUAUUUUUGUGUUCGGUCGGCAGAGGGCGCAUGUCCUGCGCUGCCACGCUGGUGGGAUUUACAAGGUGAUGCCAUCUAGUGUCGAGCAAAACAGACAUGUUCAGUGUGCUAAUGCGGACAUGCGCCCUUAGGCAGGCUUCCUGUACAUAAUGAAGUAGGUCAUAACGGACAAACUCGCAUAAGGGAGUUACUUUACUCAUCUUAUAUAGCGUUCUAAAGUUUACUAGGUCUAACAAAUUAUUCUAACAAACUCGUUACAUUUAUAUUGUAAAUUAUACAAAAAUCAACACACAUCGAUAAUAAUAUUAUAUUGGUAGUAGCAUAUUUGUCUCUUUUUUGUCACAACCAAGAAAACGGUACCAAUCAAAUGUUAAGGAAUAAUUUAGUUUGUCGAGUAGAGCAGCUUUUAGCGCGUUCACACGAACUCACCACCGACGAACCAGUUCAGCUUCGUUUUUUCGGUUCGAUUUUGUUCAUUUUUCUCCCGCCCCAUGCACUUACACGCCAUCACAGACAAACAUGCUACUAUAUAUGGUCUUUCCCUUUAAUACCAUGAUAUAGAGUGAGAGCUUCCAUGUCAGAGCGCAGGUCUCUGCUUUGCUUGUAGUGCGCAGCAUCAUUUGCUCGGUUUUGCCUCUAUGUUGGGUUAUGCGCGUUCAAUGCCUCUACCUUCAGCCCACCCAUCUUGUUUCCUGCUUCUGCUGCUGGAAAUCCCGUGACAUGCGCAUUGAACCGAUUCCUGUUCGAAACUUUUGACAUUUCACUCACUAAAUCGUGGCGUUUUUUUGCGUGUUGAUCACCAUCAAGCAGGGACCCAGUUUAAGAAAAAUUUACCAAAACUAUUUUUUUUAUCUUCUCGCGUCUUCUACUUGCUAAGUACUUUUGUCAUUUUUUUUACUUUUUCCAUCGGGUUGAUAUUGACUCACUAAGUGCACCUGUGCACCUCACUUAAAUUCAAUGACAUUUUCCUGACGGUGUCAAUAUGGGCUGUCAAAUAUUUAGUGAUUUUUGGGUUGUGUUGAUUAGUUUAGUGAGUGAGUGCUCAGUAGUGAUUGAGGCAAUUUUCGCACUCACUAAAUUUUACGUGUAUCGAAGUCUGGUCUAGUUGCAAAAAUACUGGCCAAACUCGAUUUCAAAAUUCAACCAUUUCCAACUCACUAAAUUCCUAUCUAGAGUGAUGAAAGUGAGUGACUGGACGAAGUCAGUAAAUUUUGUUGGGUCAGUUUACAUCGGUUUCCUGACCAGGGGAGAUAAAUACGCAAAAAAACACCGAACUCACUAAAUUUCCCGCAAUGUAGUUUCCAAGCUGACGAAUCCAGUAACGUGUUCCGUCCAUGUUUCACGUAUGAUUGAGUAAAUUGAAUGGUGCGCAUGUCACAGAUCCGGCACAACCCCGGGGUGAUUUAGCCCAAACUGUCGCUUGAGUAAACCAGUUCGUACCAGCUUAGGACGUGUCCGAAACGUUGAGCCAGCAGGCUUUUAACGACGACAAUCAAUGGACGCGCCCCCAUUCUGAAGCGAAUUUUUCCCCAAAUGCGAUCGAUUUCCUGGACUGGUCGAUGUUUUGCUGAUGAUUCCAACUAACCUUCUCUAACUAAUAACUCAGUUCAGUUUGUGCAGUUUAUUCAUAAUGUAAGCGGUGACUCCACUGUGAUAACUUUAUAAAUAUUUACGUUUACGUCUGUGGUUUUAGCGUUAUGAAAUUGGACAAGUUUGGAUAAAUCAUCCGCUGUCGGCUUCUGCAGGCCGCUGAUUCGUUUAGAUUAAGUUUGUUGAACGGGCAAGCGAUAGGCCCUGUGGAGGCCGGCGAUACUUUUAAGUAGUACCAACUAAGUGUAAACCUACCCAAUGCUUGUAUAUGAUUAUUAUUACCGUAGCAGGCUGUGGUGCGCGAUUGGCAAUUGCUGAUUGGCCCUCAGCCCCAAAGUGGGCGGGGCCUACCAACUGUAACGCCUCCACAGCCCUUUAGUAGUUGGUAGUUAGCGUAUAAGCAUUUUUCUUAACCCGUAUUGUAUUGUUAUAAAUUAUAUUGCAUGUGUCCCUAGUUCCGAUAUUAUCUAUUCUAUAUUUACAUAGUGAAUAGAGUUAGCUUUAACCCCGUAGCUUGUUAUUUACGCUUGAUGCAAUUAAGGCCAGUUUUCGCAUUCGGCGGAAACCAGCCUUUACAACAGUUUCACAUCCCCACCCACUCUAUAGCCUCUUGACUUUGUGCUUUCGCUUUGUUUAAUUUUAUUAUUUUUAAUUUUUCUCUCUGUUUAAUUCCAAUCGCUGUCAUGACAAUUAAUGUGUUUGUUUGGCGAAACUGGUUGUUUGGCUUCCACUUUUUCGACGAUUCGUACCAAAUAAGGAAAUUUUGUGAUUCUUUCAUGUUUAUUUUAAUUUUUAAAUUCGUUUGUGAUUUUUAUUGUACAGUUGUUGUUGAUGGUAAAUAGAAAAUGUUUUUGACGUAGAUCCUGAUGUCAGAAGUCCUUUUUGCGGUGUCGCUUGUACAAUUACGCAGUGGCGUAACGACCGGGUAGCGCUUUCACUCUUCGCUGAUGGGGUGAAAAAUGCAAAAAAUGUUUCGAAUUUAGUGGAAAACCUGCUAAUCGAGAUUUCCCUACUSUCUGUUUAUGCGCUGAUGUGGUCAUCAAGCUAAAUAGUCCACUAAAAUUCGUCUUCAACUCACUAAAUCACUUUGAAAUUGACGACUGCACUUACGAAAGUGGUUUUAUGCAYUUUUUCCAGYAGAAAAUUGUGCCUUUUCAUCAGAUUGAACUCACUAAAUUCUCCCUUCAAGUAGGUGUCCAAAAGCUAGUCGUUUGAUCGACAGUCACUCACUAAGUUCUCCCAGAUUGCAAGAAGUAAAAAAUACAGAAAAGAACAAUUUAAAGGACUAGAAAUGCGAGGUUUUUUCCAGCUUUGAAGUCUUGAAUAACUCACUAAAUUUAUGGUUCUUUUUCCCGAUAAAAACUCAUUUUCYGGUGUAAAACUSAAUUAAAUUCGCCUCUAACAAAAUGCUCUCUCAAUUGUGUUUUCACGCAUUAUUUUGCGUUKCCUAAAUCUGAAAUUAAMAUUUUUUGCUGGCAUUUUCUGGAAUGCUCCAGAUGGAAAGCUGUUGAAAUUGCGAUCGAAAAAAUGCCUUUAAGCAGUUGCAAGGGACCCCAUCAGACGGAGGUGAAACUAUGUGCUGCGCUGUUGUGAGUUUGUAGUUGGCAUUUUAGAACUAACGCUACUUUGCUUCGCUUUCGGCUACGCAUACUCGGCUUAUCCCCAGCUUAGCUGACAGGAAACAAUAACUAAACACUCUGUUGGAGUCGUACAACGCGCUUCUUUGGUUGUUUCUAUUGUUAUACAUGUAUAAGGCCCAGGUCAGUUGCCUGGAAAUUUCUACUAGAGUAGUAGUGCGUGAAAAUUAUUAUAUUUUUAUAUGUUUAACUGUUUUUGUUUGAAGAUUUUAUAAUAUAUUUCUUUCUUUUUUUUGUUAUACUGUGUACGUUGGUAACUGACUAUGGCGAGUUGGUGAGAUUUCUUACUCUUAAACUAAGCAUCGACCUGAAUAGAGAGAGGUCCUUAACCUAGUUGUUGUUAUUGAUCUAUUUUUAGGACAUCCGAAAUUGAACACAGAGUGAUCCUAAUGUGAGCCACAUGAAAAAGGACUUUUUACCCUUUUCCCUCUACCGUCACCCCUCUAUCCCCCAUGUAAAUAAAGUGGCUCAUUUUAUUUUUUCAUUUAAUCAACAACAAUUUUGUGAUAUUUUUAGUAAUGAUUGUUAUUUAAGUCACAUCACGAGGCAAACACUGUUUUGCUAAAAAGGCCGCUGGCAAAUGGAUCGGCACUGAGUUGCUCCAUUUCUCAACGGAACUGUUAAGUGGAUGCUCAGCAGCGCAGUGGUGCGCCGCUUGGCGCAUCAAUGCGCCGCUGACCGAGUUAGUUUUAGGAAUCUAUCUACAAUAAUCCUGGAGAAAGGCGAGGCGCGUUCAGCGACGAGAACGAACGCUAAAAGUUAACAGAUUAUUUUUGGAGAAAUAUAAAAUUUAUGAUUGUAUGAUAAAUAUAUAGAAUAUAAAUAUAUUAAUUGUCACUAAAGAUGUAUGCAUGGUAUUUAGGAUUCGGACCCACUGUAUCGGCCAGUUUCCUUCUUCUCGCUGAACGCUCGGCAUCCAUGUGGGGGCGAGAACUCGACUCCCCCCACUUGGAUGGCCCGGUUGUGAAGGUACAGUGAACUGAUUUGAUAAAGUGUGUGAUUAUGAACCAUUUCUAAGAAUGUUGCCGACUAUCCUUGCCUCUCGAACUUUAUAUCGAUCAGCAUCAACAGCAGGAUCUGUGUUAUAUUGAUUUUGUGCCAUAAUCUCAAUAAACCUUCUUACUCUCCAACCGAACGUCCACACCCCAAGUAAACCCUCUUAGUUGCUGUCAUUUCUACCCAUUGUAGUCAAACAUUUUGUCAAGUUCCCACGUUCACAUUUUGUCUUAUAGACAUGAUUAUUGAUAUACUAUUGUUUAUUAAUUAUUAAUAUGUAAUAAGGAUAAACUAAUGAUGUGAUGAUGAUCAGUAGAUCAUACAACAAGGGGCUUUUAGGCCCUCAUUUUCUGAAUAUAGUAGAGAUAAUAAACCAUUAUGUGAAA